AAUAAUGUAUUUGUAGCCAAGCAACACCACUCGUCGCUCAAAAAAAAUAAAGCAACACCACUCACAAAGUCCAAAACCAAAUUAAAUCUGCACAGCAAUUGCUCAGACUCAAGUUUCCAUUUUCUGCUAGCUGUGCAAAUGCAUUUACGAUUUGAGAAUGUGCCUGGUUAAUUCUGAGUUCGGCAGUAUUAUUGCUAGUUGUCGGCGUCUUCUUGCUGAUUUUGAUAACGUUAUUGUUCGCAAAACUCGAGAGCAUCAAUCCGAGGAGCAUCACUUUAAUCGCCAUGGCUGUGAAGAUGCUGCUGCUGCAGAAGCUCCCUGCUUUCAACAGCGUGCCGGAACGAGCCCAGUUCAACUUCAUGAACAAACACAGUGAUCAAUCAAAAUCUUAUCUUGACAUAAGUCAUAGACGCCAUCGCUCUCGACAGAUUCACAACAACAGCAAUAGUGGUGGUUAUUCAAUUCAAGAAUUUAGGUGUGGAGAAGAAAUGAGUUCUAGCCGGAAAAUGGAAAGAUUGGUCGGAGAAUUCAACCCCGAAAUCCCUGUAGAAGAAGCAUUCACCCCACCAAGUAGCUGGUACACUGACCCUGAUUUCUAUGGUUUUGAGCUUGAUCGAGUCUUCUACACUGGAUGGCAAGCUGUAGGAUAUACUGAACAGAUCAAGGAACCUUGCAAUUAUUUUACUGGCAGAUUGGGGAAUAUCGAAUACAUUGUGUCUCGGGAUGAAGAAGGCACGUUACACGCUUUCCACAAUGUGUGCCGCCAUCAUGCAUCUCUGCUUGUUGCUGGAACAGGGAAAUCGUCUUGCUUUGCCUGUCCAUAUCAUGGUUGGACUUAUGGGUUGGACGGAUCACUUUUAAAGGCAACAAGAAUCACCGGAAUCAAGAACUUCAAAGCCAAUGAAAUGGGACUUGUGCCGCUUAAAGUUGCCAUUUGGGGGCCAUUCAUUUUGAUAAAUUUCGGAGUCACAUCAAAUGAUAGUCAUGAUUCCGAGGGCGUGGGCAAUGAAUGGCUAGGUGAUGCAGCACAGAUUCUGAGUGCCAAUGGAGUUGAUGCAUCUUUGCAAUAUGUCUGCAGACGUACGUACACGCUUGAAUGCAAUUGGAAGGUUUUCUGCGACAACUAUUUAGAUGGUGGUUAUCAUGUGCCAUACGCGCAUAAAGGUCUUGCUUCUGGCCUCCAGCUCGACUCGUAUUCUACCCGAAUGUAUGAGAAAGUCAGCGUCCAAAGCUGUGCCGGCAUUACCAAUGACUCGCAUGAAGAAAAUGAGAGACUGGGGGAAAAAGCUUUUUAUGCAUUUGUAUAUCCAAACUUCAUGAUUAAUAGGUAUGGGCCAUGGAUGGACACUAAUCUCGUACUACCUAUGGGACCUCGGAAAUGCCAAGUGAUUUUCGACUACUUCUUAGAGGCUUCUCUCGUGGGUGAUAGCGAUUUCAUCGGAGCGAGCUUACAAGACAGUGAAAGAGUGCAGGAAGAAGACACAACACUUUGUAAGGGCGUGCAACAAGGGCUGGAGUCUCCAGCAUAUAACAUGGGGCGAUACAGUCCAUCUAUUGAGAUGGCUAUGCAUCACUUCCAUUGUCUACUGCAUCAAAAUCUCUCUACAUGAAGCCUAAAAUGCAAUAUGCACCUUCACCUGCAAACCUAAAACUGAGCAACCAUGUUGUUUGCCUCAUGAGAUUAAUUGUAAUUUGUUACUAGAUAUGAAUUUGGAUUAUGAUAUGCGUAGCCAGGCACUCACAGAUCUUGUAACUAAAAGAAAUAGAACAUGGCAAAUAAAUGUUAAUUAUAUAC